GGUGAAGGUCAACCUUUGUAGUGGGUGAGAUAGAUGUAAACUUUGUUGUAUGCGCCUGUCAAUGGUUAUACCAGCAAUUUAUAUCAAACGAUUUCCUGUUCAGUAAUUGUGCUUCGCCAGUUGAUCAAACGUUGUUGUUACACAUGGAGUGCGAGGAAAUCAAGAAAGAUGCCGAGGAUCUCAUCCACAGGCUGAUGGUUGAAGAGGGCGUAGAAAAAUAUAAGCUACACUUCGAUGGUAAAACCGAAGCUGGUGACAACUACGCCUGUGUUAUAUUAUUCCUCAGGGUUGAACCUGAGGGUGAUCAAAAACCAUAUAAUUUAGUGAUGAAGACAGCUAAACGAUCAAAAGAUAUUAAUGCCUUUCUGCCUGUUGAGAUGAUAUACAACAGGGAGCUCCUCAUCUACACCAAAGUUUUUCCAACAUACCAAAAAUUCAUCGAAGACACCAAAUCAGUCUUCAGCCUUGACUUCGUCCCAAAGACUUAUCUGACUAGUGACAUAUCCUGGAAACAGACCAUAAUCUUUGAAAAUCUCAAGAGUAGAGGUUUCAGACUUCACGACAGACAGAAAUCAUGGGAUUUAGACCACUCUCUUCUAGCGAUGGAGAAAUAUGGUGAGUUUCACGCUCUUUCUCUUGCUCUUAAGCAUCAAAGACCGGACGAGUACGAGGAGUUGGUGAAACAAAUGCCGAACGUUACGGCUGAAUUUAAUAAAAGAAUGGAUAUGAAGUUUCUGUUUCAAGAUCUGCUGGACAAUGUGUUGAAAUUGUUGCAGAAGAAUGGGAGGCAAGAUCUUGUUGAUAAAUAUGAUGGUCUCGUAGAGGACGUGGAUGUGUUCAUCAAACAUCCUGGACUUGACGAGGGCGACAAUAUGCUUAUUGGUCACUUGGACUGUUGGAAUAACAAUUUCAUGUUCAAAUAUGAGAAUGAAGAUGAUUCAAAACCCUCAUCGAUCUGCUUACUAGACUUUCAACUAUCAUCCCUCUGUUCACCAGCCAAAGAUCUCAGUUACAAUAUCUACUCCACCUGCGAUAAAGCUUGCCUAGCUCACUUCGAUGAAAUCCUGAAGACGUACUACGCUUCAUUAUCUGACAGCCUUGAACGUUUGGGAUGCAAACCAGAUGAAAUAUUCACCUACGAACAGCUCCAACAACAUUGGCGAAAAUAUGCCAAGUUUGGACUUCUGACUUCUCUCUUGGUUUUGAGGAUAUGCUUGGUGGACAAGGAAGACGCUCCAGAUUUCAACGAAAUGGCCAAAAACGCCGUGAAUAAUGACAAUUUUUCGGAAUGUUUUAACGUCGUUGUCAAAAAUCAAGAUGAAUAUAACCGAAGGGUCUUUGAUGCUUUUGUUCAUUUUGGUGAAAAUUUUCUUUGAACUUCGGUUUAGUACAAGAAAUUAUGGUGUUAUUUUCACCAGUAGCAUACUCAUAAAGCAUUCAAGUGACCCAUCUCCAAUGGUAUUCAGUAUUAAAAAGCGAAAGAUUACCAAAUAAUCUGUAAGAUAUAUUUGUACUGCACAAUACAUUAGUAUUAAGUUGAUUAUGAGCAGCUACGUCAUUUGGGAAUUUUUAUUUGAUAGAAGUAUAUUUCAUCCAUAGAAAAUAA